GAUAGCCAAACAGGUAGAAGAUGGGACAUUACAGACUCAAGGAAGUAAUGACAUCCAAACCAUGGGAUUAGGUGGUACUGAACGUAGUUGCGUAAGAGGUGUAGGAGGAAAGGUCACUCCAACCAUGUACUUCCACGUGCCUAGACGUGGAAAUCAUUCACGUUGUGAGGAGAAGCAAAAGAGCCUGUUGCAAAUUGUUUCUCAAAUGCAAGUUCAGCUUGAUACAAUAGUUGAUGCAAUAGCACAACACAUGCCUCACACACCAAAAUCUGAUAAUAUCGGUUCAAACACUUUUAGAAGUGACAAUCUCGGAAGUCCACAAGUUAAUAAUUUUGCAAUGGACAAUUGGGGGAGAACCAAGGAGGACAUGUCACCUCCAAACCCCACACCAAAAGUCAAGAAGGGCAAGCAAUGUAAACUGGUAGUAGGAUCCAUCAAUAACAUUGUUGCUCUUGGCACGGCAUAUGAGAAAGCGGUACCGAAUGAAGAAGUUCAUAUGGUACCGCUAGAGGAGAGCAAUCUGCGCGUGUCAAUUGAUGUUGUUAAAGUAGGAGAGGCCUUUCUUCCUAUACCUAUCCCUGAAGGGCUUCAUUUUAUAGGGGCGGCUACUGUAGGAGAGGCGGUUGGGUUUCAUGUAGCAUGGCCCAAAAGCCUUAUAUUGUUUGCCCCUGAGGUUGGUUCGAAAAAACCUGGCAUGUUUGGAGAUGAGGCAACGCCAAAAAACCAAGAUUGUAGAAAUAAUUUGGACUUACCGAACAUCAAUAAGAGCCAGCAAUGUAGACUAGCAGUGGGAUUAGUCAAUAACAUUGUUGCUCUUGGUACGAUGCUUUGGAAGAGUGGACCGAAUGAACUUCUUCAUACAGUACCACUAGGUGAGGACCAUGUGCGCGUGUCAAUUGAUGUUGUGAAGGUAAAAAAUGCCCUUCUUCCUAUUCCUAUCUCCGAAGAGGUGGCUACUGUAGGAGAUGCGGUUGGUUGUUUUGUAGCUUGGCCCAAAGACUUUAUAUUUUUUGCCCCAGAGGUUGCUUCAAAAAAACCCAGCAUGGUUGGGAAUGAGGCUGCUUAUAAAAAACCUCGCAUGACUAGAAAUAAGAAUGCUUUGAAACAUCAUGGAGUGGUUGGUCGUAAAGUGGUCGGCGAUGAGGUGACUUCAAAAAAUGUGGAGUGGGAAAGUAAUUUGGAAUGCAUUGAAUUAUUUACCACAUUGACCAAGCACACCGAUAAGAUGGAAGCUUUUCAAAUUCGUAUAGAUGAUGACAUAUUUGGUGCGGAGGUUUAUGCUCAACUACAAAAAAGUUGACAUGGAGUACAUAUGUCAUAUGAAAGAAGUAUCUGCUACAUGCAUAAUGUUAUACAUAAGACAACUCUAUGCGGGUAUCAAGGUUUCCAAUAUGGAUACAAGAUUUGCAUUUGUUAAUCCUUGCUCACUUAGUGAAAAUUAUAAGACUAGUGAAGCUUCAAAGCCCAGAAUGCUUGCAAGUCGACUUGAAGAUGUCAAGAAUGACCAAUUGCUUUUGGUUCCUUGUAAUAUUGGGAUCCAUUGGGUAUUGUGAGUCGUUGAUUUGUCAUCUUCAACAGUGUACUACAUGGAUGCAAUUAAUAAGGAAGUCCACUCACCCCUUAAACUCUUGAUUAAGACUAAGGGAGUACGGAGUAGUCGAAUUAUUAAUUGGAAAACAGUCGAGGUAUCAAUGCAAUCUCUCUCUUUUUGGGUUUUUUUGGAAUUGUUUUUAUGUUUUUUUUGAUUGAAAUUAUUGUAUUUGUCUACGGUGCCCGAAACAACCUACAAACGUGGAAUGUGGGUUCUAUGUAAUGAAAUACAUGAAAGAUUUGAUUAGAGAUGAGAGGAUCUUAAGCAGAGGAAAUUUCAAUGGAAAAAAAACUUACACGAAAGCCAAAAUUGAUGAAGUGCAAGCCGAGUGGAUAAAGUCCGUUAUGAACGAAAUAUAAUCAGCUUAUAUGUACAAAGAGAAGCAGAUAAAUAACUUCAACUAGGGUUUUUGGAGGGCUUGAUUUGGUCUCUCUCUCUCUCUCAAUUGAUCUCUCUGUUGAUGUUGGCUCUCGGCCACUUGUCCAAAACCUGUCCGACUCAUAAAAAUAUUUAAAUACAUGUACACAUAUUUUUCACUUGUCAAAAACGCGUCUGAGCAUGUCUGUGUCUGACCCGUCUGGGAUACGGAUACGAGAGGCCUGGAAAUGCUUCUUAGAUUCAAAGAGCUAUAAUAUGGGACACUAUGUGAGGUUCGCAAAAAAACUAAAUCAAGACCAAUACAGAACAACCCAAGAAGUAGCCUCAUAUGCGAAAUUAAUUAACUUACAAGUAACAAUGAAAGACUCCUAUCCAGGAAGAUUAGUAAUCAAUUCUUCUUGCCUUUGGCAAGAUUUGACCUUUGAGUAGAGAGUGUUCGAGGGUGGCAACUAGACUAGCCCUAGUUGGUUUGCCAAUGUACUAGAUUUGGAUAGUUGUCAUUGCAUUAUAUACUUUGUGUUGCCCAUGUGGUUUAUGUAUGCGUACAUAACAAUAUAUGAUGAACAAGUUUUACUUUCAUAUAUAUGAUAGUUUAUCCCAUUCGAUGAUGCAUCCCCCAGAUCCAAAUCUUUAGAUUGGGUUCGCAUUUUACAAUUUUGAGUUUGAUGGGCUUGAUUCUAGAUGCAAGCACAUACAAGACACCCACCCCAGUACUCAAGUCCAUGUAACAGCUUUGGACCUAUGGUGGGCCCUCAGUCAUGGGAUGUGUGAGUAAUCCCUAAACCCAUAUUGGAUUACCCGAGGCCUUGUUGAUUUGUAAUAAUGACAGGCUGAAGAGGGUGUCAUUAUAGACAUCCAUACAAUGCAAGGACUGAGGUAGUGAACAUAGUUUUGCUUGAAAUUUCCUGCUAAACUCUUGAUAAAAGAGUUCUGGACUUCUGGGUUUUGAUGUUCUUUGGUAGGGAGCACCCUUGUUUUAUAAUCUUGUGUAAGACUUGUUAAUGUACACAAUUGAAGUGUUUUAUUGCUAUUUGUCUUGAAUCUGAAGUGAAGCGGGUUUUUGACAUAUUAGUUGGAGUCCAGUGGUUAGUUUUGCUUCCUGUUACACAAUUGAAAUUUGCAGUCAAAUAACCAUCCUAAUGGUAGUAUUGAGAACUUCAAGGUUCAGUCAGUUGCCAGAGUUUGGUUCUAAAGAUGUGUUUUCUGCUACUUUUUUCGUGGAGUUCUUGAUGCUACUACUUUUUGUUUUCUCCUAGAUUUAGGCAUUGGAGUUCUUGAUGCUGCUACUUUUUGUUUUCUGGUGGAUUUAGGCAUGCUCUGAGAAGAUGAAGUGCUUGAAAUUGGCUUCAAAGAAUGAAGAAUUCGUUGUAUACUUCCAUGCUUGCGGUUCAAUUAGUUUUCUUUGUCCUUUUUAUUGUUGAAGCUUUUGUUCUGCAUUUUUAUGCAUUUUCAGAAAUUUGAUUGAUGUUAGAUUAAUUCAAAGUAGGCUUUCCGGCACGAUGUUUCUAUCUAUGACAUGUUUUGUGCAAGAUGCAAUAUCAGUUAUGCAUAUUUCGUAUUGCUAUGUCUUUUGUUUUGGAGAAGAUAGCUACAGGCUAAAUACUUAUUUUACAUGUAUUUAUUAUUGGUUAGAGAUUCGGGCAUUUUUUAAAUGCUUAAAAAAAAAAAGAUGCAUCUUUCUAUCACAUUUUUAGAUUGUGAUGAUAAGAACAUUUAAUCACGGUUUUAGACGAAAACCGUGAUCUAAAAACUAGAAAAGAUCACACUAACUGUUUUCCAUCUCAUUUUUUAGACAUGAAAGAUCAUAGUGUUUGGUGGUGAUUGUUAUUCACAUAUAAUCACGGUUUUUCAAGAAGAGUGUGAUCAAAACCCGAGAAAGAACACGGAAAUGAGUUUCUAUCUCGGUUUUGGCUAGAAACGAUCACGCUUUUUGGGUGUGAUUGUUUCUUUCUUUCAAUCACGGUUUAUAACCGUGAUAAAAAAGAGUGACUUACAAUCACACCCAGAUCUAUCACGGUAGGAGGAGUGUGAUAAAAGACUAACUAUCACUGCCAAUAGUAGUGAUUUGUUAUGCUUUAUUGUAGUAGUGCCUAA